UUGUAUUCCUUUGUUAUUUGAUAUAACAGAAAGAGUGUUUUAUCUGUUAACGAGAUGUGGAAGAAACAAUUGCCAGCAAAAACUUCUUUUCUCGUCGGCGUUUUUCUGGUGUGUGUAAGAGCCGCUCCAACGAAAGAUAGUAUACCGGUUCCCGUCUUUUCACGAAGAUUAUCGUUAAAUUCCGAUAAAGUGGAUAUUUUCCAAGCAGAAGAAAGCCAGGCUUCGAGAUUAGGCUUAGACGUCAAUAGUGGAAAGAAUCAGGAUGGGUCGUUUCGUGAAGAGCGCCGCCAAUCAGAUGGAGGAACAUUAGGGACAUACGGGUACUAUGAUGACAAUGGUGAACUUGUGUUACGUCACUAUGUGAAAGACAAAUUUGGAUACCGUGUUUUAAGUGAAUAUAGGCCUUAUGAACCUUUAGUAAAAGCACAACCAACAAAUAAACCUACACAAGAAAGCAGCGUUGAUGAUGAAUUUGAAGAGGAAGAAGAUCCACCUACACCACUGCCACCUCUUGACGAUAAAGAGUUCGCCAAAAAUCUGAAUAUAAAGAAAGAUGAUAAAGGAAGUUUUGAAAGCAACAAAACCAAAUUUGGACACGAAGUUUCUCCUUACGGCCCGCUUCAUCUCUUGUUUAAUAAUAAGGUGGAUCCAUUAUACACUUUAGCCACUGAAAACAAUAAAACGGAAACUAGUACCAACACUAAAAAUCUCACAUUUCCCUCCCCUGUCUUCUCGUUUCAUACAGAAUCAAACAAUUCUUUCAAUACUCCCCCCUUUCUUCAUCCUCCCCGCUUUUUCUUUCAAGAAAACUUCGCCAAUGAGCCUUAUGAUCCCGAAUUUUACGAUCCUUAUGAAGAUAAAAAUGUACCCACGUUUGAGCAUGGUCACAAUCGUCUAUACACCCAUGGCAGAAAACCCUAUAGAUACAGUCCUUAUGCCUAUCACCAUAACCCUUUCUUCGAGUACCCCUAUUCUUUUCAUCCGCGCAGACCAUUACACUUUGAAGCGCAAGUGUUAGAUUAUGGGUCACCCAAUAUCGUAAAUCCAGUACAUAAAAACAAAAUCAAAGGAGUUCGUCUGGUUAAAGGACAGAUAGUAUUAAUCAAUGAUGAUUCUCCAGUCCAGGCGGAUCAAGGGGAAAGUCACCCCAAAUCGAAAGAAGAGUCCUCAGUAAAUCAAACGAACACCGAACUUUCAAAGAUAAUCCCCCUUUCUCCCUUAUCUUCACAGACUAGAACCAAUAAUCCUACAGAUACUUCCAAACAAGGAAAAAAACAAGCCCUUAAAAACAAACAAGAAUUUGUUUUACCGAAUUUUGACUCGCCUGAAUAUUUCGAACCUUUCCGCAGAUCCAUUCGUCCUUUUGGCUUCGACAACUUUAGGUAUAACCGUCCGUCAUUCGGUUUCGAUUCAUUUCGCCGUCCAACGUAUCUGGCACGAUCACGAUAUGAAAACAUUAACAAGUAA